AAUGACAACUCAUUGGUCCCAUGAAAAUAUAUUAAGUGCAUCAGCCCUCUAAGAAGAGGUAUCUUUAGUCUCAUAUUUCAUGUAUGAGUACUAGAAAGAUAAUGUGAACCUCAAAAAGGUCUAGAAGACUUUUGUGUGUAUUCAUGAUAAGGGCAAGAGUUCAUGCCCGCAUGAUUGGACAUAUUCAAGCUGUCAGUGUUGAGUUAUCAAGUCUCUUUCAAUGUAUGAAUGCCUCACAAUUUGUUGUAUAGAAUAGAGUUAGGUGCCUUCUUUGGUUGCUUAGUAUAAGGGUUGAAAGUGCUACAAGUGCAUUCUGAUUUCUACCCAUGGAAAAAAUUAUUGGAAAUAUCGUAGCAUAGAAAAUUGAACUACCUAUCAGAUUUCUUUGCUUGACAAGCUGCAGGAUCUUGAGCUUAUGUUUGAUGAAUUCCAUAUGUACUUUCAUGUACAUAAUUGCAUGCGUGUGCUAGGACUGAUGUAUGAAUCAGUGUUUUUCAAUUAUCCCAAAAAAAAAAAAAGGAAUCAGUGUUCUAUUUGAGUAUGAUGUUAAUGGAGAGGUUCAUUGAAUUUGCCAAUGUCCUAUAGUAGAAUAUAAUUCAAAUUAAGUUUUUGUUAUCAUUGUCAUUCAUUUUCAAGCCUGCUUUUUUCUUCCAGAUCUUCUAUAUCUUUUCAUAAAUUUCAUCUUCAGUAAUUUAAUUUGGCAUGGUAUCUGAGUUAAAUUUCACAAUCACCAAAAUAUGGUGGCUUGUGUAUUGAUGUUCAAUCUUCAGCAAGAUGAUUUCCCAGUUGACACACAUGUCUUUGAAAUUGCUAGGGCCAUUGGUUGGGUCCCAACUAUAGCGGACAAGAAUAAGACAUACCUUCAUCUCAACCUAAGGAUCCCAAAUGAACUUAAGUUUGAUCUGAACUGUCUUCUGUAUACACAUGGUAAACUUUGCCGCAAAUGUACAAUGAAAGGAAGUAGCCAGAAAAAGUUGGCACCCAAUGAUAAUUCCUGUCCCCUACGUGACUACUGCAAGAACUCGAGCAUGAACAAAAUCAAUUGCUGGAAUAGUUGUUAUAAAAUGGUAACGUUUAGGAGCCAAAGUCACAGUACUACGGGGGUCACAAUUUGCAGAUACUGUGUAUACAUAGAAGCAUGUAGAUAUUUUUGGGAUACAACUGGUUUGGAAGUUUGUGCUGUCCUAAUGGGAAAGGAGCAAUUGAGGUUAUUUGGAUUUGAGCUUAGUUUUCAUGAAGGGCAUGAAAACUGUCUGGGGGAAUCUGAAGAAGUGAAUGAUUCGAGAAAGUCUUCAGAGAAAAUUGUGUCUCAGAUGGGGAAAACUGUGAAAGAGAAAAGUGUGACUAGGAAACUGGAGAAGAGAAAGUAUGAAUGUCAGUUUUGCCUCAAGAAGUUUACAAAUUCACAGGCUCUUGGGGGACGCCAAAAUGGCCAUAAGUCUGAGAAGCUAAAGAAGAGAAGAAUGCAGCUCCAGACAAAGAGCACAAACUUGAGUUUCACGGAUGAACCUUCCCAAGAUCACAGUGAUGUCUGUCAGCAUUGUUCUCUUCCAUCUCCUAAUUGUUUUUCUUGUGUACCUGAGUUUACACUGUUCAAGGAGUUUCUAGUUAACUUCAAGUCUCUUGAUCAGAGCCAAAAUUUAUACUGCAACAUGGCUGAAUCCUGUCAUUCUUUUCCUUUGCCUUCCUAUGAUCACAUUGAGGAAGGCGCCUGCGGCAGGCACAUUGUCAUCAAGCGGUCUCCAUCUUAUAUUUCAAAGGAUUGUCAGAGUCUGUAUAAUCAGUUAGGACUUGCUCCACCAGCAAUUCACAGCUCCUCCAGAAAUGGGAAUGAUAGGAGUUUCUAAUUUUCUGUAAUACCGUUCAUCAGUUUACAAAUUCUCUAGUCUGGAGUAUGAAGGGAAUACAAUAAAAUUGCUUUCUUUCUCGCAAGCUUCUUGAUUGCUUUCUUUCUAUUUUUCCUCCUUGCCAUGUAGCUUCCUUUCAGAAAGGAAACAUUUUCCGAGUGAACUAUUAUUAUUGUUUUCAGCCGGAUGAUCAAUUAUCGACUGCAAAUUCCGUUUCAUGAACAAUAAUUAUGUUGCUUUUCUUAUGUUAUGCGUGAGAAUUAUUCUUCCAUUGAGAUAUGGGGUGUUUGUGCGGGUGCAAGACAGGACACGUUUUGCUUACAUCAGAGUCUCAUUUAUGCUAUCUUUUGCUGGUGUGUAUUGAACGGUAUUCAGAUAAGCUCAACUUCAAACUUUAGAACCUCCAUAAUUUUUUUUCUUAAAAGUACAUAAGAAAAGGGUAUUGCAACUCAAUUGCUUGUAUGAAAGGAGGUGACAGUAAAAGUUGGCAAGGGCUGCAAUCUUAGUCUAGAAAUGGAAUG